AUGACCCUCUCCUUGGUCUGUCCCCAGAGCAUUGCUGAGUAUAACCUCAAAGACAUCUCGUACACGGUGAAGAACGCCUCGUGCCAUGAGCUGACGGUCCUUAGCAGCUCAGACGACCCCAUGGUGUUUCACUUCGAAGAUGAGCGGGAGGCACAGAAGUGGUGGACGGUUGUCAGCAGCUCCCUGCGGGAGGUGCAGAAAGCUGCCGAGAGUCCCAGUGUGCUGGUGUCACAGCCCUCUGCCAGCGGGAAUGCGCUGCCUGCGCCACCAUCAGACGCGUCUCAGUCGUUGGAGCUCACCAAUAAAGAGGAGUUAGCGCUCCGCCUCGCGAGAGCCAUUGAGUCUGGGGACGAACAGGCGGCCUCGCAGUGCGCCAUGGCGCUGGCUCGGCAGCAGGCCUCCUUGCGCAUCCUACUGAAGGAAUCCAGCUACCCCCCCAACGAGAUCAGGAUGAAGGUUGGAGUGGAAGAUGCGACGUGCUCCGCCAACAUCACCAUCAGAGUCCAUGCUCACAUGACCAUUGGGACGCUGAGGCAGCAGGUUUUCCAGGAUUACGGGUUCCACCCCAGCGUGCAGCGGUGGAUCAUCGGCCAGUGCCUGUGCGUGGACGAUCGGACGAUAGGCUCGUAUGGCAUUCGGAAGGACGGAGACACAGCCUUCCUGUAUCUGCUGUCAGCCAAGAGGGCCAACCUGUCCGAGCAGCGCUGCGAGGAGGACCAAGUGCUGGUCAUGCUGCCCCCAGCCCCCUCGCUCCCAGACAGCUCUGGCACCGACGAGAAACGCAAAUACAGCACCUUGCCAAACAUGGCUCCAAAGAAAGCGUGGGUCGCUGACAACAGCGGGAAGAUGAAUAUCGGAGAAAUCAGCCACCAUCUGGGCAUGCUGCAGCUCACCAAUCCCUUACCCAGCCAGUCCAAAGCGCCCCCAGCCGCCGCUGCUCCACCGUCCCCCGUGCAGACAGGCUGGUCAUGUGCAAAAUGUACCUUCAUCAACAAGCCCACGCGGCCAGGCUGCGAGAUGUGCAGCACGGACCGGCCGGCGGAAUACAUGGUGCCGGGCAGCUACCGACCGGAUGAGACGGAGCUCUGGAGGAUGCAGCAGGAGGAAAAGGGGAUCUUGCAGUACCAGCAGGCCCUGGAGGACGAGCGUCUGCAGAACUUCCAGCAGUUGCUGCAGCUGGAGGAGGAGGCGCUGGUGCCCAGCCAGGAGGCCAUGGAGUGCCGGAUCUGCUACCUGCCCAUGGCACCAGGGGACGGGGUGCUGCUCCGGGAGUGUCUGCACAACUUCUGCAGAGACUGCCUGCAGCAGGUGAUCAGCUACAGCCAGGAACUCCAGGUGUCCUGCCCCUUCCGCGACGACACCUACGCUUGCAGCAGCAAGCUCCAGGAACGGGAGGUCCGGGCGCUGGUGUCAGCAGAGGAGUACAAGCGGUUCCUGGAGCGGGGCCUGGUGGCGGCGGAGAGACGCACCCAGAACAGCUAUCACUGCAAAACCCCGGACUGCAAGGGCUGGUGCAUCUACGAGGACACGGUCAAUGAGUUCCGCUGCCCCAUCUGCCAGGGCCUGAACUGCCUGCUCUGCAAGGUCAUCCACGAGGGGAAGGACUGCCGCCAGUACCAGGACAACCUGCAGCUCCAGGCCCACAAUGACACUGCUGCCCAGCAGACCAGCGACAUGCUGCAGACACUGGUGCAGACGGGCGAGGCCAUGCACUGCCCCGUGUGCCAGAUCAUCGUGCAGAAGAAGGACGGCUGCGACUGGAUCCGCUGCACCGUCUGCCAGACGGAGAUUUGCUGGGUGACCAAAGGGCCACGCUGGGGGCCUGCGGGCCCUGGUGACACCAGUGGAGGAUGUCGCUGUAACGUCAAUGGGCAGAGGUGUCACCCGCACUGCCAGAACUGCCACUGAGCGCGCUCCCUGCGCGGCGCCUGGGCCUCCCCCACUCGGCAGCCUCCAGCCCCGGUCAGGCAGGUGCUCUGCUCCUGCGGGAGCUUCCAGCCCUUGCCAGCUGCGUGCAGUGCCUUGAGGGGGCUCCCCCCCACUCAGUCUGGCCCAGGGCCGUCUUCCUGCUGGGCCUGUCUCUGCCCCCUGGCCAGGUCGGGGUGGGAGCUGUUUGGUGUCAGGCUCCCAGAGCAGCAGCUGCCUCUGCACCUGCCUGGCCCCAGGGCUCCAUUAGUGCUGCUGGGGCUAAGCAGGGCUGGGGUAAUUGCGGGAAUGCUGCUGGUAUAGAGAGCUCCUCAGCCCCCCUGCAAUGUAACCUGGGCCUCGCCUUCACGUGCCCUGUACCCCGUCCUGUGGCUGUUGAGUGCCUCCCCAGACACAGGGAGCUCCCCGUAACCACCUCAGGGGGCGAGCGGUGUUACAGAGGCCAGCUGUUCCCCACACCUGCCUUGGGAGGUUCCUUGGGCUGCAGGGGGCAGAGACGCCCCAGUCCAGCACAGGCUGCUCCAGGCUGGCCUCCCUCUCACUCCUCGGGCUGAGCUGUUGGGGGCAGCCUGGCACUGCCCAGCUCACGGCCAGACUCCUUGAAGGAUUAACCUCCUGAGGGCGGGCGUGGGCUGCCCUCGAGCAGGAAGCAGCCCCAGGGCUGUGGACAGUGCAGGGGGGAGAAAAGGCCCCAGCUGGGCCCUCUGCGCCUUUGAGCAGCGCAGGCUGUGAACGGUGCCGCCCCCAGCCUGGCUGCUCCUGCAGGAAUCCAGCAGCUGGCUGGGCAGUGCCACCCCAGGCCAGCUCAUGGAGAUGGGGCCAGUGCCAGCUAGGCUGGUCUGGCUCUGGGGAGGCAGUCAGCCCCCCUGCACAGCAACACACAUCUGUUGGAGGCACAGGGGCAGCAACUGGCCCCCUCUGCCCAGGCCGUAGGGCACUGAGCCCCUGCAAUGCUAGAGGCAGUGGCUAAGAGCUGGGGUAACUGACCUGCCCCACCCCCCACUGCAAGGGGAGGGGCACUGAGGACCCCAGCCAGGCCUUUGUGCAGUGCCACUCCCUGCAGCAUGCUGGGAAGAGGGAGGGGGCUGCUCUCCAUGAAGUCUGAGGGAGGGAGUGGGGCCCCUCCCCACUGCCACGUGGGGGGGGU